AUGUCUACCGCUGUCUGGCCGCCCACGGACAACGCCCAGCUGGCCCGCGAACAGGCCGCAUCGCAGGCCCGCGAGCUCGAAUGGCUGCUUGCGCAGCUGCGCGACACGUUGCAGUCCCUGAAGGCCGGUAUUGAAGAAUGCGCCGCCCUUCUUGCACCAUCAGAAAGCGGCUCGACGUUGGUGCUAUCAUCGCUGCGCUCUGAGAGCCUGAAGGGUCUUGUGACGCGUGUGGGAACACGCAUCGUCAAAGGCAAUGUCAAGCUUCGCCUGGCAAGCCUGCCACCGCCGCGCGGAGCAUCAUCGAUAGAUCUGGCUAUAUCGUCUGCACCGCAAGCUCCAACGCUUGUUGUCCCCCAGCUGACGGCUAUACGCACCGCCAUCAACACCUGUCUCGACGUGAUCGACGUAACUACAUGGACCGGCGAUGCUACCGAUGCCAACUUUGUCGCCGGGCAGCUGCGCCUACUGCACGAUCACAUCCAAGAAGCCCGCCAGGCGCUCAAAGGACAUUCGGACACCCAGCGGCCAUGGUGGGACAGCCCGCUCGACGAGCACACCUUUGACCCGCCGCUCCCUUCCAAUGUCUCCUUCCACCUCUACGUCUUUGACGCCGCCUUGGUGCUUGAGAUACGCACCCUCGAAGGACAGAACGCAGCUGUUGACGAGGGUUACACUGGCUUCAACCUGCGGGAUAGGCUGUAUGGGGCUCUAGGUGGAGCGCGUGCGCCAGCCCACGACGAAGCUGAUGAAGUCUUCAAGUUCCGGAACCAGGACGUGCGUGUGAAAGAAAAGAUCAGAGUUGAGAGCCAGGAUCCGGCUCUUAUCUCGGCCAUGGCCAAGCUGAACGCGCUGGAACAUAACGUCUUGCUAAGUCGCAAGGCCCUGCAUAUCGUCAUGGGGCGUGAAGAGCAAUCGGAAUGA